GUCCGUGUACCGGCUGUCGGUGUUGUCCUGAUGGCACAGAGUGCAUCACCACCAAUGGAGUUGCUGAAUGCAUUGACGCCUGUCUGUAUUACACUGCACUGAACGAUGCCUGGCGUUCAACAGAGAAUACAGACUAUUCACUCUUACACUGUGACUAUUCCAUUGUCUGGAGUGGAUGGUAUCGCUUUUACUUGGGUCAGACCAGCGCUCAGAUUCCAGAGGAAUGUGUAUCAGAAAGAAGAUGUGGAACCGCAGCUACUUUGUGGAUAAAUGGGCCUCAUCCAGUCCAGCUUAAUGAAACCGUAACUCGCACUGUGUGUAACUCUUGGUAUGGUUCCUGCUGCUAUUWUCCCACACACACCAUCCAGAUCAAACGUUGUUAUGGAUACUACGUCUACAAACUUCAACAGCCGUAUGGAUGCGAKUUSGCAUAUUGUACAGAACCUCAACCCUUCAGAGUAUCGACACAAGAUGAGAGCAGCAUCACUCUGCAGUGGAACAAGAUCAACAACAGCAGCAGCUUUGUUCUCCAGUUUAACAACACAGAGAUAAACAUCACUGCACCAGAUGGAGAUGGACCAGUGAACUACACAGUCUCAUCUCUCACUGCUGGAACCAGAUAUACAUUCACUCUCUUCACUGUGUUUGAAAAUGUGAGAAUCAGUGUAGAGCAACUGACAGCUGUGACUGCUCCUCGAAAUGCAGAAGGAUUUAUGAAGUCAGGAAAAACUGACAUCAGCAUCACUCUGCAGUGGAACAAGAUCAACAACAUCACCAGCUUUGUUCUCCUGUUUAAUGGUGUGGAGACAAUCAUCAGUGCCCCAGUUGGAGAUGGACCAGUAAACUACACAGUCUCAUCUCUSUCUCCUGCAACAAACUACACAUUCACUCUCUUCUCUGUUCUUGACAAUGUCAGGAGCAGUGGCAUCAACAUUACUGCAGCUACUGGUAAGAUUUAACAUUUCAUUAUGAAAGAGAGACCUUUUUAACACCAAAAUAUUGUUAGUGGGGUGUGCUGUGGUGGCGCAGGGGUUAAAGACGACCCA